CCCUCACCUACUCCAUUAAUGGCUUCUUUGCUACUCAAAAGCCCAGAAGCUACCAAAUAAGGACAGGGCCGCCUGCGUUUCUCACUGGAGCUCCCUACUGACUCCUCAUCACCAGGCAGGGUAUAAAUUGACAGCUCAGUCCCAAAGCAAGCACCCAGCCAAAUUAUUCACAUCAAGCAGCUCUCCAGUGCUGACCAGGUAAGUUCCCAAAGGGACCUGUAGGUGGCUUCCUGUUGCCUUCUUCUCAGAUGGAUAUUGGGAUUUUUGAGACAAAGUCAAGCACCCUCUGGUGUGUUUGUCUUUUAAAUAUUUUAUUUAUUUAUAUAUAUAUAUAUAUAUAUAUAUAUAUAUAUAUAUAUAUAUAUAUUUAUAUUUUUUUCCUUUAUUUUUUUUUUUUAUCUUAUGAAAUUAGUCAGGACUUUCGUAAUUUUGUAAAAAAAUUUUUUGCAAACGCCCCUUCCCCUCUUUUUUUUAUUUCUGGCACAAAAUUGAAUCCUGCGUUCUUUAUUCCUGGAACAGAACUGCAAUGGCUCACAGGCAGUUGUAUUGUGGUGACAAGCAUUGAUAAACAGAGGCAGAAAUGGCUUUUAGCAUCUGAACACUCUGGAAUGUGGGUGGGGAGGAGGGAGAUAUUUUCUCGAGAGGUGGUUACAGAUCUCUAGAUGAUAUAAAUUCAAAGUAAAUGGAGGCACUUAUAAAUUGCAGAAUUAAUAGUUACAUAUUACACUUAAACAUGUCAGGCUGCUGAGGUGUAAAAUAACAGUAAAUACAGAAAGUUACAGACCUGAGGAAGAGAGGACAACUCUCGAAAGCUCAUCUUUUACAUAUAAUGUUAGUUCAAUAAAAAAGGGUUUCAUUGCAUACUGCAAUAAUGCCAUUUUGGCAAUAUAUACAUAUAUAAAUAAGUAUUGAUGCUAAAUAGUGACAACAAUAUUUUUUAAACAUUAAUUCUGCUCUGUAGAUGUUGGAUUCUUUUAGCAUAAGUUGGUUUCUGUUUGCUAAAUAGCAAUUUCUAUAUUAAGGUCUAUGUGAAAACUGCUAUUCACUAAGCAGAGUAAGCCAUUACUCUUCUAAAAGAAUCCACCCAAGUUUUAUAUCGGAUUGGAUGGAUAAUUGCAUAUUGUGGUGGAAGACUUGUGAGGGCUGGCUUUUAAGCUCUGGUUAUUUUUCUAAUUCUAUAGGAUAAAAGUGUUGCCAAUAGAAAAGUGGUACAGUUCUAAAAGUGAAGGAAUCACUAUGGGAACUAGGUGGACAUUCCUGCUAAUUUGUGCAUUUGUUUCCACAGUAACUGCUCCACUUUUCAUCAGCAUUGGUUUCAUAAAUCUCACUGUCUCUCACUACUGCCUUAGCCAACACUAGCAUAACAAACUAGGAAUAACUACGAAUAACACCACAGGUUACAAAGAAUAAAACUGAUUUACUGAGGCGUUUCACAGGGUUCUUUUGGCAGACAGGCAGUUAAAUAUUAUCAUGCGUCACCAAAAUGGCUUUUAGUUCCUAUCUGUGGGACACACCGGGUUUUGUUUUUGUUUAAAUUUUGUCUCAGGGGUUAAGUAGCUAAGAAGCAGAUCAUAUAAGACUUGUUUGCUUGCAUGUGUUCAAGGGUGGGGAUAGACAGGGGAGAGAGACAGUAAAGGAUUGUAUGUGUGAGACAGCUGCUCUCGGACAUAUGAGCUAGUGGAGUGGCAGGGAGAAGUGACACACAAGACAUAUGCUUUUUAACUCUUAACACAUUGUAUACUUGUGUAGCAUAUGUCUUCAUUUCACUUCCACAUUGACUGAUAUUAAACACAUUUGGUAUGUGUCAGUUGAGCGAUUGUGCAAUGUUGGAUAGAAUUAGAUUUUAAGAAUACGUUUCAAAAAGUAGUAUUUCCAUAUAUAAUUUUUUUUAAAUACAAAUGACCUUUUAGUACAUACUUUAACACUUUAUAUGAUGGCUGUGUGAGCGCUACACUACCUUCAGACACAUUAUACGUAGAACAAGUAAAAUAGGGUGUAUUAAUGUAAACUUUUUAUUUAUUUAUUUUUUUUAAAAAUUCAUUUUAAUUGUUCUUAACCGCUCACAGACAUAGGACAGGCAGACAAAAAGUUGUUUCUAAAUGAUAUGUUAUUGAAGACUUUAGGGCAUUAUUCACUAAACAGUGAUUUAAGAUAAACCGGUAAGGUAGGAAGUAAUAGAUUAGUUCCCCCGCUCCUCCCAAAAUUCAGCUAUUAUGCCCUAUAUUGAUGACAUUUAUGGUGUAACUGGAGACAGUCCUUUUUUAACAAGCUAAACAAUAUUCCAAGUGAAGGUGUGACAUAUGUAUCCGGGUUCUGUGUUACUGCACAGACCAUACAUUUUAAAAGUGUGUAAAAGUGUCUAAAUAGUAUAUUAGUAGGGCAGUUAAGCAUGGGUUAAUAAGUCUUCAACAAUGUUUACAUUUCUUGUUCAAAUCUUUUUGAACCCAUAUUCACGUGGAUGUUCAAUUUUAAAGAGGGAAUGCUGACCUACAGAUUUUCUUUGUAGACCGUUAAAACCAAAUAACAGAAAGAAAUGUUCUUAAAGAGUAAAUGUUGAAUGUUUUGCUCUUCACAGAACCUAGCCUGCCAUCAUGUGUGACGAUGAGGAGACUACCGCCCUUGUGUGCGACAACGGAUCAGGGUUGGUAAAGGCUGGGUUCGCUGGGGAUGACGCCCCACGUGCUGUGUUCCCCUCCAUCGUUGGUCGCCCUCGUCACCAGGUAUCUACUUUUUUGCGUGUUUUGGGGUGUCUGGGAGUAAUUGACGUGUUUCUAGUGGAAUUAGCAGUUUUCUAGUCUUAAAUAAAAUACACUUUCCUCAAAAAAGAAAACAUUAAAAAAUAACACAAAUAAUUCUAACAUUAAUCCAUGAUGCAGCAAAUAGUAGCUAACGUUGAUUCCCCAGUUAAUUAUUUAAGAACAUUUUCUUAAAAAUUUGUUUUUUUUCCCCCUCUAGUAUUAGUGGAUGUAAUUAAGGUCUUCAGACCAUGUCCACGUUUUAAAGAUAAUACCAAUAUGUAAUUAGCAGAGAACAGGACUUCAGAUGUGUCAUUAUGUCUUCGUGUAAUGAAUUGUCCUUGUUAUGCUGUUAACAUUGGCAGUGAGUGAAUGGCCCGGCCAUAGAUGAAAUGUUGGCAGAACAAGUAUUAAAGUUCCGCCACUCAUGAGGGGAAGCUGAACAUAUUAAAAUUAAGCUUUGCCAACAGCCCAUUAGUAUCCAUUACUGGCCUGUCUUGCCAAAUUCUCCGUUGGGAAUGAGCUGGAUUCACACGUACCAGGGUCACAAUCCUCCUGUACUGCUUGUAGGGCCAACUGGCAAAGGUGCGUGACCUUGUGUCACCUUUAGAUCUGUGUGAGGCUAUCUUUGAGCCAAAGAACUAUUAAAUAGCAUAGAGUUAGGAGGAGAUAAUUAAAGGAAUCAUUUAUGUUUUAAGCGUUUGUGAGUUCUGCUGACUCUUCUAUAUAGCAUGCAUUACAAACUAUAUCAGUAAUAUACAUCUUCCAUUUCCUUUACCAGGGUGUCAUGGUGGGUAUGGGUCAGAAAGACUCCUACGUAGGUGAUGAAGCUCAAAGCAAGAGAGGUAUCUUGACCCUGAAGUACCCAAUUGAACACGGUAUCAUCACCAACUGGGAUGACAUGGAGAAGAUCUGGCACCACACCUUCUACAAUGAGUUGCGUGUGGCCCCUGAAGAGCACCCCACCCUGCUCACUGAGGCCCCACUGAACCCCAAAGCCAACCGUGAAAAGAUGACCCAGAUCAUGUUUGAAACCUUCAACGUCCCAGCCAUGUAUGUCGCCAUCCAGGCUGUGUUGUCCCUGUACGCUUCUGGUCGUACCACAGGUGAGAAAAUAAACUACAGAAUUUAUACUUAUAUUCUUAGAAUUAAUAGUCUUGACCAAUCAAUUAAUACUACGACGCUACAAUUACAAUUAUUUAUAUAGCGUCAACAUAUUUGGCAGCAAUGUAUAAUAGAUACACAGAACAAACAUUUAAAUUAACAAAAAAUUUAAGCCAUACACGUCCAGUGGGUGAAGAGAGCCUUGGCCAAACUACUUUUAUAAACCUAAUUCCCUUUGGCUUUAAAAUUAAAAAAAAAAAAAAAUUGUGCUAUUAUGGAUAUUAAAUGAAAAGACAAGAUGAUGAAGCUUUUAUAAUCCAUACCAGAUCAAUGAAAUAUGAUAGACUGCAGAACUAUCAGUACAAUAUAAAAAAACACAACUAUACUUUGAUAAAUGAAUGCAGGAAUUUUGUGAUCCUGAAACAUCUUUAUACUGAGAUCUUUGUAGUAGCUACAAGCAUCACAGUCAGAUAUUUUGAUUUUAACGCGAUGCUAGUGUCAUGAAAUUACCCAAUAUUUAACAUUUUUUUUCCUGUGUGGAAUCUUAACCCCAAAACCUACAGUACCACAAUCACUGUCAUUGCUCGUGUCUCUAAAGUCUUCCUUCUACCUGGUAAAUAUAAUUUAUAAAUGAAGAAGACAACUCUUUUUUGUUUUUUGUUUUGUUCCAGUAGGGUUAGAAGAAUAAAUGUUCAGCACCACCUGGUAUUCCCAAGCUGAGCUGUACAAACUUAACUUGGGGCAGAAAGGGUUCUAUUUUUGUAGCAAGUAACUUUGUAUUUUUCCAGAUCAACUCUCAAUAAAACAUCAAAGUCACAUUAAUUCAUCAAAGGUUCAAGCAGAAUGCAUAGGAGCUUUGAUCUUCUUGCACUUGUGGUGACACAGGCAUCUUGCCUCUAAAUCCAGCCUAUUUAGGCUUGUAUUUGCCAAAAUAGCACUUAUCAGAGGAUGGGAGGGGGGUAUUGAAAUGUGACCCCAUGUUGCCUUAUGCAGAACACAGAACACAGGGGCACAAACAUCUGUCUGUUAUAUAAAUAGAGAGGAGCAAGUUCUCUGCAUGUAUUUUUUUCCCCUCUAAAUCCCUAAAGCUAGCAAGCUGAUAAGACUGAAGAAAGUGGCCGCAAGUGUAAUAAUCUCUCUCAUACAAGAAGUCUGCAGGCUGCCCUCGCUUACUGCCAGAUUCUGCGAGUUAUUUCGGUGUAUAGCUGCAAUGCCUCCUGCCCUUUGGGAAAAAUCAGCUCAGUGUUUAUACGUAUCUGAAUUUUUAUUUUCAAAUUAUUAUUAUUAUUUUUUUAAUACCGUGGAGGUCUAUUAGACACAUCAUAUUGUGUUUUCAGCAAUGUUGGUGCAAUUUUUUUUUAAACUUGGCAGAUAAUAAACAUUUUAAAUAAUUGAGCGGCCAUGUCUAGUUGUCCCUUCUGGUGGUAAAAAGGGGUUACAUUAAACAUCCAGCGGUAGAGACAAGGCGACUCUGCUAUCAUCAUCUAGUUUUCAAUCAUGUCUGCCACAUAACAAGUUUUCAUUCUUCUUCUGCCAAACAGGUAUUGUUCUGGACUCUGGUGAUGGUGUCACACACAAUGUCCCCAUCUAUGAAGGGUAUGCCCUUCCUCAUGCCAUCAUGCGUCUGGAUUUGGCCGGUAGAGAUCUCACAGAUUACCUCAUGAAGAUCCUGACUGAGCGUGGCUACUCCUUCGUGACCACAGGCAAGUUGACGGUCCUCCAGUGGAUCUCUAAACAUUCUACACUGAAGCCACCACCUCGAAGCGACUACUAACUACACAGCAUACAUACAUUAUAGGAACAAAGACACAAAGACACAUUGAGCUAGGCCGUUUCUUACGUAAAUUUCUAUACCUGAGGCACAUUCCCAUACAGAGGCAAUACAAAAAGCCUGACACAGCCUUGAGAGACACAUUCUUCUUAUAUGAUAUGAUUAGCAGCAUUUCCUACUGCAGUGAAGUGCUUAUAUGCACAAACAAAGCAGUCUUUGUCACCCAGAGGGCAAACACAGCGCACGUCCCUUUUUAGAGAACUGUAAUUUAAUGCAGAAUUUGUUAAUGUACCCUGAAUGUAAACUUCCAUAAUGCCUAUUUAUAUUAAUAAACAUUGUUCAAUGGAAACUCUCUUAUACAGAAUCAGGUUAGUCAGGAAAUGCUAAGUCAAUAUAUUAAAGUAUUCACAUCACCAGGCCACGUCAACAUAACCACGGCGGCAUGGAUAACACAAUUCUAAUGUUGCAAUUUAUUUGUCCCAUACAGCUGAGCGUGAAAUUGUCCGUGACAUCAAGGAGAAGCUGUGCUAUGUAGCUCUGGACUUUGAGAAUGAAAUGGCAACCGCUGCUUCCUCUUCCUCCCUGGAGAAGAGCUAUGAGCUUCCCGACGGUCAGGUCAUCACCAUUGGAAAUGAAAGGUUCCGUUGCCCAGAGACUCUCUUCCAGCCUUCAUUCAUUGGUGAGAUAUCUACCCACUCUUGACUGUGUUGUUGGAAGGCUAAAAAAAUACAGAUAUCCUAAAUAGCUAUAAAAUAACCCUCUCUCUACUUUCCUUGAAUCAAGGAAAAUAAAUUGUGGAUAUCUGUAGCACUAGGACUUUGUAAUAAGGCCAGUUGCAAAUUUACUUAAAUAUAAAUACCUUUAUUGAAGAUCUAAACUUAUAUUAAAAGCCUUGGACAAAGUCCAAAAGCCGCUAAUGCUAGUAGGGAUAUUGUAAAGUCCAGUUUAGUUCACUGUGGAGUUAUUUUAAAGAGGGUAAAAGGACUCUGUAUCAUUGUGCCAAGAUAAGCUACUGCUCCAACAAAGACCUCCUUAUUAUCUUAAAGCCAUACCACCUGUUAGGAUACUGCAUGCUUUGAACAGCUGCUACCAUUUGGCACCAUUGAUUAAAUGCAGCCUCGGGGAUCGUAAUCAUCUGUUCCACUUGCUCACUUUGAUUCUGCUAAUAUGUCCUGAUCUCCCUUUCUGCCAACACCAGGUAUGGAAUCUGCCGGUAUCCAUGAAACCACCUACAACAGCAUCAUGAAAUGCGACAUUGACAUCCGUAAGGACCUGUACGCCAACAAUGUCCUCUCCGGUGGUACCACCAUGUACCCUGGUAUUGCUGACAGAAUGCAGAAAGAAAUCACAGCACUGGCUCCCAGCACCAUGAAAAUCAAGGUGAGUCAUUAAAAAAAAAUUUUUUAAAAAAAUUAAAUUCCUAACUAUACAUUACAUGCAAAGCACCAAAUAGCAUUUAUAUAACAGUGGUUCAAUACCAGUCAGCCUUUGGAGAAAUCAGUCCAUUAUUGAGUUCUGGAAGGUCGGUAGUUGAAAACUUACCUAUAUAUGGUCAGGGACCUCUUGACCACUGUCAAGCUUAGCUUUUGUUGCUUUAAAUAUGUGUAAAGCAAAAACAGCCAAGGAGAAGCAACAUAUAUGGCUGUGGAUACGAAUGCAAUAAAGUAAACAGAAAUCUGUGUAAACUUAGAAUUGCUAUAUAAUUGUACUAAGAUGGCCUGUUUUAUAUAAAGUUUUCAACCCACCAUCAUGCCACUUUAACUCAUGUUUCUUAUACCUUUUUAUUUCUUAGAUCAUUGCCCCACCUGAGCGUAAAUACUCCGUAUGGAUUGGAGGCUCCAUCCUGGCCUCUCUGUCCACCUUCCAGCAGAUGUGGAUCAGCAAACAAGAGUACGAUGAGGCAGGUCCCUCCAUUGUGCACAGGAAGUGCUUCUAAAAAUAUCAGCCCAACACUCCAUCCAAAAUGUACAGAGAAUCGACAGUUCGAACCAGCAAAACAUGGGCAGCCACUGUACAGUUUGUUUACACUACAUCAUAUUUAUUACUUUAUAAAUAAAACACAUGAGGUUAUUAAGUCCAUCAGAGUUUGCUUGUCUUCUUUUACUUAC